GGAAAUAUACCCAGCCCAGAACUGAAAGCCAUACUUCCAGAUCACACCACAUUCUUGGUGACAUUCACACCCUCACUAUCACAGUGACCAGGUCAGGGAGACUCACCUCUAAUUCAGCUGUCCUCUCCAAGGCCAAGACUUCUGAUGACCACAGCUUGUUUGCCCACAGCACCAAUGUGGGGGAGGGGUUCCCUGCUGUAACUUGUGCACCCCAACCAGUUUCUACUGAUCAGCCCAUGGACAGGACAGAGCUGGCUCGUUCACUUGACCACCCAUUGGGACCUCUCCUGAGCUUCCAAGGUGUCUGAGACAUGAAGGGGGUGGGGAGUAACUUGCAUCUCAAUGUACUCAUUCAGGACACAGUGGAGAGACAGGCUUAGGGCCAGGGGCUCCUAAGUGUGUUUACUGGAUUGUUGUUGUUAAUGAAAGCUAGCAGGUCCUUAGGGGCUUAACAACCUAUCUGCCUGGUGGUUAUGCAGAGGAAAAAAAAUGACAGCCAUUGGCCUUCAAGGCUCAGGGAUUCUCACCUCUCUGGUCCCUACCCUGUGCUGAGCCUGGAGUCAGGUCUCCUGAGUACUGAGGGAAGUUGAGGGAAGCCUCCAACACAGAUGGGAGUUUAACUACCCUAAAACCACAGUACUGAGAGUAAGCUCAAGAUGGACAUACGGUGUGUUUAAAGAGCAAAGAUGAUCCCCCUACCAGCUGCCUUGCCCUAGAGCCACUAGGUACCAUCACUGUGGGGCUUGAGCCAGGUGAUGAAGACCCUGAGGACAACUGGCUGUAACUCAUAAUACUGUCCCAGGCAGCUAGGCUUGGUAUGGCUAGUUAGAAGCCACUCUGGCCUGUCCCAGUCAUGCCUCGGUCUUUGCUCAAGCCCCUGGCUACAAAUCACUAAUAAUGAAAAUGAAACAGUAGCUAGUCUUUGCUGAUGCAUUGUAGCAGUGCAUCCCACAGCAGACUGCUAAAAUCCCAGAGGUAGUAGGUAGGAUACAAGAUUCCACUGAUCUCUGUAAAACUAGGGCUUGUAUAGCUAAACUAGCACACGGGUCACUAGGAACUCAUUUCCCAUCUUUAUAUAAUGUUUCUUUUUCUUGUCUUACUACACUGGCCAAGAAUUCUACACUAAGACUAACUUUGAGCAUCCUUUUCUUGUUUGUUUUGGUUUGGUUUUUUUGAUACAAGUUUUCUCUGUGUAGCCCCAGCUGUCCUGGAACUCACCCACUCUGAAGACUAAGGGAUCAGUCUGCCUCCUGCUCCUGAGUGCUGGGAGUGCUGGUAUUAAAACCAUGCUCCACCGCUGCCCAGCUCCCUUUUGUUGGUCUUAACUUUGGGGGAAGAGGUGAUACUGUCACCUUUGUUAGUAGAUACAUUUUACUAUACUAAAGAGAUUCAUUGUAGUGUAUGUGAACUAAGACUCCAAUCCCAAUAGCCGGCCAUUGAUCUCUAUCAAAUCUAGCAUCCAAGUGGCCUCCUUACAGGAACCUGCCACUGUUAGCUAGAUCAGUAAAUUAGAUACAAAACAUGUCCAUCUCCCAAAGCCCACAGCCAGAUGAAAGCAGGGAAAGUAACACAGCCAUGCUAAUUACAUGGAAAAACAAAACAAAACAAAAACACAUUCCGGUGCCCUAGACAGAAAGGGUGCCAGAGUUUUGUGUUUGGAGGUAUUCAUGGGCUGUUUGUGGGUAGUGAUUAAUGGGCAUAACACAAAUAUAAAAACGAGCUGUCCUCCUCACUCAGUCUUAUUAUAUUGUACUUUAAUUAAUUUUUUUUGGUUUCUCCAUUCUUUUUGUUUGUUUGUUUUGUUUUAUUUUAUUUUGUUUUUCGAGACAGGGUUUCUCUAUGUAGCCCUAGCUGUCCUAGAACUUGCUUUGUAGACCAGGCUAGCCUCGAACUCACAGAGAUUCUCCUGCCUCUGCCUCCCCAGUGCUGAGAUUAAAGGCGUGGGCCACUACACCUGGCUGAUUAAAUGUUUUUUGUUGUUGUUUUUUUAACUUAAAAAAAAAAAGGUUUUUUUUUUUUUACACGUUCUGAUUUGUGUAAUGGGGCAAAACUCUGUUCUCUGGGCUAGGGCCCCUAAAGAAAGGGCUAGAAAAGGGAUGGGGGAGAAAACGCAAGGUACAAGCACCUGCAAAAAGGAACUAGGUGGGCAAGAGGGGCGGGCCGAGGAGGGGCGGGGCGGCGGGACGAUGGGAGGGUCUCCUCGACCCAGUUCAGACGUAGAGGACGGCGGCGUGGGGUCCUUACAGCGUGUGUGGGAGGCUCUGCAGGAGCCCUCUUUCCCGGUGAGGCUAUAGCCUCAGAACACACGCACCUCCACUUUCCUCCGGGAUGCUGCUUCGUCCCCGGCGGCCGACCCCAUUCUCGCCACCGUCGCCAGCUAGCCUCGACGCCGAGCUGCGGCCGGCGGGGGACGUCCGGGAGACUACGUCUGAUGCCUUCGCCCCCACUCCGGGCGCGAUGGCGGAGCCUGGUUCGCCCAAGGCUCCCGUGUCCCCGGGCUCGGCGCAGCGCACUCCCUGGAGUGCCCGAGAGACGGAGCUACUUCUGGGCACGCUGCUGCAGCCGGCCAUGUGGCGCUCACUCCUGCUAGAUCGCCGGCAGGCUCUACCCACCUACCGCCGCGUGUCGGCCGCGCUGGCCCGUCAGCAAGUUCGGCGUACGCCGGCUCAGUGCCGCCGCCGCUACAAGUUCCUCAAGGACAAACUUCGAGACUCCCAGGGCCAGCCGUCCGGGCCCUACGACGACCAGAUCCGCGAGCUCAUGGGGCUGCUGGGUGACGAUGGGCACCGGCGGGUCCGCCGUCGCCCUACGGGACCUGGACGUCCCCAUCGCCGCGGCCGGGCGACCCUCGCGGUGUUAACUUCUGCACCCACAUCAGUCGAGCCAGGGGCUGCGGGAGAUGCCGACCCCGCUUCUGCGCUCAGAUUCAGCUCUUCCACUAAGAGGUCCGCAGAUGCCCGCCGCAAUACCAGCUCCCCUACCCCUACGGCCCUCGGCACUCUGACUCCUGAGCCUGGCCAUGCCCUCGGAUCCUCCCCGCCACCAACCCACGACUACGACAUGGAGGGCCCGAAUGAGCCUCCUGGCCUUCCCCAGGACCGUGCUUCCCCGCAGGUAGCGCCCCAGUCUCUGAACACCGCUCUGCUGCAGGCCUUGACGCACUUGGGCGACAUCUCGACAGUUCUGGGCCCACUGCGCGACCAGCUGGCGACCCUGAACCAGCACGUGGAGCAGCUGCGAGGUUCCUUUGACCAAACAGUUUCCCUGGCUGUGGGCUUCAUUCUGGGCAAUGCAGCCUCCGAGCGGGGCAUCCUUGGGGACCUGCGCCAAUAAAGCCUUAUUUGUCGUCAGUUCUCCCCUCCAGAGCUGACCCCUCCCCCAGUCUACCUCGACCCCAGUUAGUGUCCCCACCCCAACCCCAAACCUAGGUUCUUAAAAUAAAGAUUGUGUUUUCUACUUAA